AUGGGUGUAAGAUGUUCAAUAUGUGCGGAGGGUAAUGGGUGUAAGAUGGACAAUGUGUAUGUGGAAGGUAAUGGGUGUAAGAUGGUCACUGUGUGUGCAGAGGGUGAUGGGUGUAAGAUGGUCAAUGUGUGUGCGGAGGGUGAUGGGUGUAAGUUGGACAAUUUGUAUGUGGAAGAUAAUGGGUGUAAGAUGGACAAUGUGUGUGCAGAGGGUAAUGGGUGCAAGAUGGUCAAUGUGUGCGCGGAGGGUAAUGGGUGUAAGAUGGUCAAUGUGUGUGCGGAGGGUGAUGGGUGUAAGAUAGUCAAUGUGUGUGUGGAGGGUGAUGGGUGUAAGAUGGUCAAUGUGCAUGCGGAGGGUGAUGGGUGUAGGAUGGUCAAUGUGUGUGCGGAGAAUGAUGGGUGUAGGAUGGUCAACGUGUGUGUGGAGAAUGAUGGGUGUAAGUUGGGCAAUGUUUGUGCGGAGAAUGAUGGGUGUAAAAUGGUCAAUGUGUGUGCGGAGGGUGAUGGGUGUAAGAUGGACAAUCUGUGUGUGGUGGGUAAUAGGUAUGUAGUGGGUAGUAGGGGGAUAUACAAGAAGCAGCAAGGAAACAGACUGUAUUGA